AUGCGGGGCGGAGCUGGCGGGAAGCAGGGCGGAGCUGGCGGGAAGCAGGGCGGAGCUGGCGGGAAGCAGGGCGGAGCUGGCGGGAAGCAGGGCGGAGCUGGCGGGAAGCAGGGCGGAGCUGGCGGGAAGCAGGGCGGACCUGGCGGGAAGCAGGGCGGACCUGGCGGGAAGCAGGACGGACCUGGCGAGAAGCAGGGGGGUCCUGGCGGGAAGCAGGGGGGUCCUGGCGGGAAGCAGGGGGGUCCUGGCGGGAAGCAGGGGGGUCCUGGCGGGAAGCAGGAGGGUCCUGGCGGAGAGCAGGAUGGUCCUGGCGGCGAGGAGGGGGGACCUGGCGGAGAGCAGGGCGGUCCUGGCGGCGAGCAGGGGGGAUCUGGCGGCGAGCAGGGGGGACCUGGCGGCGAGCAGGGGGGAUCUGGCGGCGAGCAGGGGGGAUCUGGCGGCGAGCAGGACGGACCUGGUGGGGAGCAGGGUGGACCUGGCGGAAAAAGUGGAGGCGGAAAGGCCGGAAAGGGCGGAAAGGGAGGGAAGGGCGGAAAGGGGGGUAAGGGGGGUAAGGGGGGAAAGGAUGGAUCUGGCGGGAAAAGUGGUCCCGGCGGAAAGAGCGGAUCUGGCGGGAAGCAGGGCGGUGCUGGCGGAGAGCAGGGGGGUGCUGGCGGUGAGCAGGGGGAUGCUGGCGGAGAGCAGGGGGGUGCUGGUGGGGAGCAGGGGGGUGCUGGUGGGGAGCAGGGGGGUGCUGGUGGGGAGCAGGGGGGUGCUGGCGGGGAGCAGGGGGGUGCUGGCGGGGAGCAGGGGGGUGCUGGCGGGGAGCAGGGGGGUGCUGGCGGGGAGCAGGGGGGUGCUGGCGGGGAGCAGGGGGGUGCUGGCGGGGAGCAGGGGGGUGCUGGCGGGGAGCAGGGGGGUUCAGGCGGGGAGCAGGGGGGUGCUGGCGGAGAGCAGAGUGGAUCUGGUGGGACCGCUAAUCCUCAGCUUGCAGGUAGCAAUUCGGGCUCAAAGAGUAAUGCCAAGGGUGGCAAGGGGGGACAGGGGGGGAAGGGCGGCAAGGGGGGGAAGGGCGGCAAGGGCGGAAAAGGGGGGAAGGGUGGCAAGGGAGGAAAGAAGUGA